AUGACGAGUUUUGAAGCUCCGCAGGCAGAGGAUCGGCAGAAGGGGGCGACGGUCCAUGUCCCGGAAGUGGAGGAUGGAAGCGUUCGUGUCGACGAUCAAAGCGUGGACAAGAAAGAGGGUCUUACAGAACAGGGAAACGUUGCUGAGAGCACAGCUGAAACUGGAGUGGAAAGCAAGCAGGCGAGUACGUCCGCAUCGUCGUCGAAGUCAACUUCAGCCGAAGGGAAGAUCAAAUCUCAGGGAAAGGGAGGGAAGCUGCCUUUGGAACAGAUACGGCGUGUCGUUGAUGACCCUGAAGUACCAGCGGAUGAGAAGAUUAAGAUACUGCAUUCCAAGAUUAUGGCGCAGGCACGGGAAGCUAAGGCUGGCGAUAAGGAGAGCGCAGCUUUGCUGAAGAAGAUUGAUCAACUAACAAGGGAACGCGACUCUGUGAUGGCCGAAAUGAGGAAGUCUGCCACGCUUCGUGGCAAAUUGGAAACCUUGUGCCGUGAACUUCAGAAGCAAAACAAGACCAUAUUGGAAGAAAGCAAGAAGGCUGCAAACGAGCAGCAGCAGAAACGAGAGGAGUUAUCAUCUAAAUUCCUCGACUCCAUCAAGGACAUUGAACUCAGAUUGGAAGAGCAGGGAGCUGAAAGAUCAAGCCACCUGAAGGAAAAUCACAUUCUUGCCGAGCAACUCAAGAAAAUCCAAGAGCAUGCAGACGUCAAGGAGAAGUACUGGGCUCACCUUAUCAAGACGAAAGACCUUGAGUAUCAGCUGUUGGAUGCAAAGUAUAAGCAGCAAGAGAAGUUAAUGAUUGAAGAACGGGCUCUGAGCAAGGCAAGAGGCGAACAGCUCAUUGAUCUUCUUAAGACAGAAAAAGAGCUGAGGGGCCAGUUGGCGUUAUACAUUGAUAAGUUUGAUCAAUUCCAGCGUGCGGCACAGCGCAAGCAGCUGGAGACGCUGCAGGCUCAGAAGCAGAAGCUGGAGGGGCUGUGCCGGUUAUUGCAGGCGGAAAGGAAGAAGUGGCAUGAACAGGCCCAGGAACAGCAGCGGCAUGAGCAAGAGAGUGUGAGCGUGGAGGAACCUACCGCUGAUGGAGUUGAUUCCACAGACAAGUCCGCAGAUGCCGUCACAGCUGGAGCAACGAGUGAAAUUGGUGAGAGUAACGGUGCUGACACACAGCAGGCAUCAACGGAUGUGCAGCCGUCAGCUGUUGUCGACGGUGGUGCAGCCAUACCAGCAUGA